AUGAAACUUACAGUCGCUUCUGUACUGGCUCUCGCUGCAGCUGCAGUACCGUUUGUUGCUGCUGAUACUUGUUUUGGAAACAAUACUUUGUGUGGUUCUGGUGGUGUUGGCAAAGAAAUAACUCUCAUCGACAUGCAAAACUGGUGCUUCUUCUUGCCACCCAAGACUGGCGUCCUUGAAACCGUCAAUGCCGCUGAAGGAUGUUGUGAUUCAUCUUGGUGUGGUCGUGGAAAGAACUGUGUCGCUUCGACCGACGCUGUAUCAUUCUGUACGAAAGCCGGAUUGACAAAUGGUGCUGGUGCCUUUGUUGAUGGAAUGUGGACUAGUGCACACAUAGUUCGCGAUAUUCCAAACGGCAAAAUCCAAAUAACGGGUACAUACAAUCAGCAGCUUAUGGCUUCUCUCAACUGGAUCGGUGCCAACGACGAUGGUGGACAAUUUGAUUUGACUGGAACAAAUCAAUACAAGGUCAACUCUCCACCUUCUGGCAAGCCAGUUGCUCCAUAUACCGAAUAUAUUGGGUUGAUUGGAAGCGGUGUCUUCUGUAUGCAACUAUGCUCAACACCUUAUGGAUGCAACUCUGACAACGAUUACACUGGUUGUACCAUCGCUGUACCAGGAGACUACAGUACUGCCGGAUUCACAGAAGCCAACGGAACAAUCUACCGCCAAAACUCACCGUCUCCUAACGCCACAACCAAAGCCCCACCAUCGCUAGUCCCAGCCCCGUUGAUCUCCUCCAUAAAAGCAGUUGCAUCGCCAGGAUCCACCAACAUUUUCUACGCUCCAUCACCAUUGCCAUCAGCACCCGUAGCUAGCAAAGCAGCUGCCUCUGCUAGUGCUACAGCGAACCCCGUAGCAAACACCCCAGCACAAUCAAUUACCCCCAAACUUGGAUCUACGAGUGAUGGUGCCAAUGUAGUUGCUACUAUCUUCACAUCAGUACUUGCAAUUGGAAUUGCUUCAGCUGUUGCCUUGUUGUAA